AUGUUUUCUGCUGCACGUUGGGUUAUUUUCGCCACUCUUGCUAUCAGUUGUGCUAAUGCCAUUGUCUAUCCCAUCGACCGCGGGGUACCCAAUUCGAAUGAUAACACGCUCGGACUUGAUGACAAGCCAACGGAUUCCGGGAAGAUCAUCGAUACUGCUGCCUCGGUGAAUCAGGCUGGUGGUGCUACAGGCGACGCGCCUCCGAAUUUGCCACCUCCAGAGACAGCUGUGACAGCUGUGGACGGAAAUAUUCUUUCUGAGAGUGUCGCUGUGUCCAGCGGGAACUUUGCUCGUCGAGGAAUUUUCCCAGUUACACGCAUCAAGCGUACCAACAGCGGCUACGAACAGGUCUUUUCCGGAACGGGAACUGGUCCGAACGACAGAGACGGGUCUAUCCAGGGUACUGCGUACCUGACCUACACCGUCGUUCCCAACAGCACCUAUAGCGUUGAUCCGUGUCUCGACUUCUGUGAUCGCGUUUCGGAGUGUGUGUUCGCAAACCUCUAUUACGAGUUCAACAAUGACCUCCUCGACGACGUUUUCUCAGAAAAAUCCAAUUUGAAAUGCGCUGUCUAUGGAGAUGUCCAUACCGCCAACGAAAAGACGAACUUGGGGGGACAACAAUUGAAGGCGCCCCCAUCAGGUUUGACUUACAUGCAACAGAGCAGCGGAUGGGCAAAGAAGAGUUUCGUUGACCCCUCUACUCCGGACGGAUUCGAGCCUGUCUUUGGUCCUCUCGAUGGUGCUAACAAUGCUCCUGGCUACAUGGGCUUUGCUUUCCUCGACCGGUAUGACGUACAAGCAUGCGCCGACCUAUGUAAUACCCGUGGGUACGAUGGUCAGGGGGGUGCCUGCGCCUUCUUCAACAUAUGGAGGGCCGUUAUCACUGACAAGCCGAGAACUUACACUUGUUCCAUGUACUACCUUCCAGCCGAUGCGUCUACCGCUGUCAACUAUGGUCAGGGCGAUCUGAAAGUCACUGAAUCGCGAGGAUACCGCCGCACAAACCUCGUCGCUGAUGGUAACUUUGAGGCAUAUCAGUGUGCCGACGGUUCGGAUUUCUGCUAUACAACUACCACCAGCAACUGGGUCGGAGUCAGCCCUGCUGGUGGUACCCUCGAUGCGACCAUUUUCCACUACAAACCCUACGCUCAUUCCGGUAACGGUGUUGUCAUUUUGGGAUCUGCUUCCGGUUCCGACAUAUUUUCUGGAACUUUGAAACCCGCUCAACCACUCCACACGGUGGCUGGAAAGACGUACAAGAUCCAGUGGUUCGCGUCGAGUACCUAUAGUGGGCCGGAUCUAGAGAAAGAUGCCUUCUUGACCGUGAACUGGAACGGUCAACCUGUCCGGACUUUUAACCUUGGCUACUCUCAAUGGACCUACUAUGAGGUCUCUGUCGUCGCACGGGGGAACGACGAACUCGCGUUCACGGGAGGAAAGUUGACCGCGUACACUUUCCUUGAUGAUGUUGCAGUUUACUUGGCUUGA